AGAAAACAUUCGAUUAUACGCCUGUUAAUAUCUAUAUUUAAAAAUGUCUGAUAAAAUCGGCGUUGUAAUAGACACAGGCUCGCAAAACAGCAAAGUAGGCUUUGCAGGGGAAUCCUCCCCGCGAUGUGUUUUUCCUACUACAGUAGCGAGAUUCCGGCAACAAGGUAUUUUAGAUGCAUUACCAGAAGUUUAUUUCGGAAAAGAAGCAAUUAAACGAAGAGGUAUAUCAACGUUAACAUGGCCAAUACAAAAUGGCAUGAUUUGUGAUUGGGAUGAAAUGGAAAAAUUGUGGCAUCACAUAUUUUAUACAGAAAUGCAUGUCGCUCCUGAAAAUGCCGGGGCCGUAAUUGCCAUACAUCCAUUAACAGGAAAAAGUGAUAAGGAACGAAUUGCUGAAGUGCUGUUUGAGACAUUCUUGUUACAAGAUCUGUAUCUAGCUCUCUCGCCUGCGUUAGUACUUCACGCUAGUGGAAGGACAUCGGGUGUUGUUUGGGAAAAUGGAGCCUCCUGCUCAUAUUCAAUAUCAGUUUUUGAAGGUUUUCCUCUGCGACACUCAACAGUAAAUUCAGUAAUCAAUGGGAACAUGUUGAGAGAACACCUUCAACGUUUGUUUACAAAAGUUGGAUAUUCGUUUUCGACGCCCCUUGAACUUGAUAUUCUUGACAAAAUUAAGAAAGAAGUAUGCUAUGUUGCCCGGGAUUAUGAUAUAGAGUGUGCUCAGUCGAAUAGUUCAGGAGAAAACAAAACUUCGUAUGCCUUGCCAGACGGACAAACUAUACUUAUAAGAGAUGAAAGGUACCAAUGUCCUGAACUAUUAUUCAAACCACACCUUUAUGGAUACAAUUGUUCUAAUAUAGUAGACAAUAUUCGACUGACAAUAUCAAGAUCGGAAUUGGAUUAUAAAACACUUUUCUAUAACAACAUUGUUCUAUCUGGCGGCUCAAGUAUGUUCAAAGGAAUAUCAGAUCGACUACUGUUAGAGUUAAUGAAACGUGGUAGUGAUUCCGUUGAAAUGAAACCAAAUGUGGACGCCCUGAACUUUCGAGAUAUAGCACCAUGGGUCGGCGGAUCAAUUUUGGCCAAUUUGUCAUCGUAUCAGAACUUUUGGAUGACGAGACAAGAUUAUGAGAGUGACGGAGUAGAUAGAGUGAAUUACAAAUUUUUCUAAGAUAUAAUGAAUGAGAAUAAGCUAUUAAUGUAUAAUAAGUAUUCAA